AAGAAAUAUAACCUACACACAUCAACAUGCUUCCCAACCCCCUCCGCCGACUCCAGGGCGGCAACCUGGAAGUCUUCAAGUUUGGCAUGUACGUCCUCUUCCCCAUCGGUUGGAUGUACUACUUCGGCACAAACCUCGACGACCGCUUCAACGUCAAGAACUUCUGGCCUACUGCCGAGCAGUCGCACAAGAUCCCGAUCGACAAGGAGGAGAUUGAUAAGGAGUUGGCGCGUAUGCGCAUGGCGGAGUCUGUGCGCCGGGAGCGGAGAGAGCGGGAGGUUGCUUUGUUGCAGGCCCAGGCUCAGGCUCAGCAACCGGAGUCCAGCGGACAACAAUAGACCUUUUGAAAAAGUGUUUGACGUCUGGCAAAUUUACGCGGAUAUACUGGGGAUGGAAGGGCAUGUGGAUUCGGC